CAUAGUUGCUGUUACAUACAACCGGCUUUCUGAAAGUUCUAACCGUUUCUGAACGUGUAUAUUCUAUAUAUGAGUUAAACCUUUGUAAGACUUGAUUUUUAAAACUGUGUUUAAACGCGGAUAAAUGCAGCUCUGUCUCGGCUGUUAGUAAGGAGUGUGUGUACAGGCUUUACUUAGAUAGCGUUAGCAUUACAGUUAGCAUUAGCUGUAGUUCAUCGGGACCCUGGUGAAGACAGAUCACUUUAUAAACUAUGGAUAACGAUACUGCUGGAUCAGGGGCUCAGAAAGGAGGAUUUGGUAUUUUCGGUGGCGGAGGAUCUGCGUACUCAAACACAGCGCUGUCAGGGGUACCAUUGUCUGGAAUGAGUCCUCUCUCCCCCUACCUCAAUGUUGACCCUCGCUACCUUGUACAGGACACAGAAGAAUUCAUACUGCCAACUGGAGCAAACAAAACUCGUGGACGCUUUGAACUGGCCUUCUUUACUAUAGGAGGAUCCUGCAUUACAGGUGCUGCGUUUGGAACGCUCAAUGGGCUUCGACUGGGCUUGAAGGAGACCAGAGAUAUGACCUGGUCAAAACCUAGAAAUGUACAAAUUUUAAACAUGGUCACCCGACAGGGAGCAUCAUGGGCGAAUACGUUGGGAUCAGUAGCUCUUUUGUACAGUGUGUUUGGAGUAGCUAUUGAGAAGGCCAGAGGAGCAGAAGAUGACAUUAACACAGUUGCUGCUGGGACAUUAACAGGGAUGAUGUUCAAAUCCACAGGUGGACUGAAAGGAGUUGCCAGGGGAGGCCUUGUUGGAUUAGCUGUUUCGGGAUUGUAUGCCAUCUACAACAACUGGGAUCAUUUUAAAGGUGUAUCUACUACACAUUAUUAAAAAGGACAAAAGGUCAAACGAUGGACAUUUUGACUUUAAAAGGUCCCCAUUUUCCAUGCCCAUUUUAGAGGAGCAACAGAAGACCCAUGAUUUUGGAAUAACUGGACCACUGUAUUUGUCUUUCAGUUGGACUGAAUGUAUAUGCUAUGUUUAUUAAAAGGUAGCUCUCAACUGCCUUGAAAUGUAUUGGUUGGUAAUGUUGCUUUGGCCAAAUAUGAGAAUUAUAUAAAAGGUAUAAUAAUGAGAAUCAGUGUUAUACAAUGCUGAUGUCAUUUCACUGUACUUACAGUAUGUAUAUGAAGAAUAGUCUAAACCACAAUGGUCAUCAAGUCUAUCUAAAUAAAGGUAAUAUUUUGAA